UGCGCGGGCCUGGCGCGUGCUGGGCCGGGAGCCGCGCGGAGCUGGGGACGCCACCUGGCCAGCCCGGGGCGCUCUGGGCGGUGGCUGGAGACCCGAAUGGGCCUCCUGUGUCGCGCGCGAGACAAGGAGACUUUAAUGCAGCCUGGGGUCUUGCAACUCGGUGUGGAGACGUCUCUGUUUCCACCAUCAGAGGUUGAAGGGAUCAUUUCAGUUAUUUAUUGACUAUUGUAGAAAAGUAGAGGAAAAGGUUACACUAUGUCAGAUGAAAUCUUCAGCACUACUUUGGCAUAUACCAAGAGUCCAAAAGCUACCAAGAGAACUUCUUUUCAGGAUGAGCUGAUCAGAGCAAUCACGGCCCGCUCAGCCAGGCAGAGGAGUUCGGAAUACUCGGAUGACUUUGACAGUGACGAGAUAGUUUCUUUAGGUGAAUUUUCAGAUACCUCGCCAGAUGAAAGCCUAGUUAGAAAAAAGGUUAAUGAUUUUCAUAUAUCUGAUGAUGAGGAAAAGAAUUCUCCAAGACUGUCCUUUCUGAAAACCAAGAAAGUAAACAGUGAUUUAUCCAAAGAUGAGCAGGAACCUGUUAUUCAGAACAGGGAAGAUGAAUCCCCAGAUGAGCAUGAAGAUAUGAUUGGAAAUUCCUUUCCCGAACUUCAAAAUGAUGAUCAAGAAGUUGGAAAAGAGAUCAUUACAAUAAAGCCUAAACCCAGGAUUCUCCCUAUCAAAAGAAGUACAUCUUCAGGGGAAAAGAGCAGCAGUCUUGAAGCUGAUGGCCACUCGAAGCCUUCGCCUCGGCCAAGGAGCAUGUUAAAGAAGAGCAGCCACAGUGAGGAGGAGGACAGACCAGGAACUGAUAAAGAACGUUCCAUGAGCGAAGACUCUGCCCCCACACCUUUUCUUUCAACGCAGAAUGACACGGAGUUGCAAACUGAGGAAAAAGUGUGUUCCGGAAACCUUGAUCUUGAGGACUCGCUCUUACAAAGCCUGACCUCAUCUUCCCUCAAAGAAAGCCCUGGAAGUUGCACCUCUCCCGGAUCUCAGGAAAAGGCAUCCAUAAAAGAUAAUGAUGGAGAAACUACUGAAGUCUGGGAUUCCUUGAUAUCAAAUGAAAAUGAAGAAAGUUCAGUUUUGGUGAAGUGUGUUACUCCUGAGCGUGAGCAGCCCCAGGAAGACCAGGUGGCAGCUGACAACCUUGAAGAAGAAAGAGAGAAGGCUGGAUUUACAGAUGAUGACCUCACCACUGACCCGCUGCUCUCCACAUCUCCGAGUGUCAUAACACCUACUGAGCUGGCAGAGCCCCCCAAGAAAACAAAUGAAGACAGAAACAUGAAGAAUAGAAAGUCACCCAACAGCAGAGUGUCCAGUGCCUCUGGCAGGCUGAUGACCUCUGAGUUUUUAAAGAGAUCCGGUCCCACAAGGAGAAGUCCAUCUGCAACUACCUCUUCUCACUACUUAGGGACUUUGAAAGUCUUGGACCAGAAGCCAUCACGGAAGCAGAGCCUAGAGCCUGACAAGGCUGAUCACAUACGGGCAGCUGUUUAUCAGGAGUGGUUAGAAAAGAAAAAUGUGUAUUUACAUGAAAUGCACAGAAUAAAAAGAAUUGAAAGUGAAAACUUAAGGAUUCAAAAUGAACAGAAAAGAGCUGCUAAGAGAGAGGAAGCAUUAGCAUCGUUUGAGGCCUGGAAGGCUAUGAAAGAAAAGGAGGCAAAGAAAAUAGCUGCAAAAAAAAGGUUGGAGGAGAAAAACAAGAAGAAAACGGAAGAAGAAAAUGCUGUGAGGAAAGGCGAGGCCCUGCAGGCAUUUGAAAAAUGGAAAGAGAAAAAGCUGGAGUACCUGAAAGAGAAGAGCAGGAAGGAGAAAGAAUAUGAAAGAGCAAAGAAACAGAAAGAAGAAGAAACGGUCGCUGAGAAAAAGAAAGACAAUUUAACUGCUUUUGAGAAAUGGACUGAGAAGAAGGAGGCUCUUCUCAAGCAAAAGGAAAAGGAGAAAAUAAAUGAGAGGAGAAAAGAGGAGCUGAAGAGAGCAGAGAAGAAAGACAAAGACAAACAAGCCCUCAGUGAAUAUGAGAAGUGGCUGGAAAGGAAAGAAAGGCAGGAAAGAAUUGAACGGAAACAGAAGAAGCGCCAUUCUGUCCUUGACAGUGGGACACACCCUGCGUGGAGCCCUCCGAGCAGAACUGUGUCCUCAAAAGUGUUUUGACAGUUCUGCUUCUUGAUUUAUUACUUCACCAACUUUAACCAUGGAUUUAAAACCACUCAUCUCAUUAUUUGUGGUUAGAAGAAUCUAUUUUAACUACCUGCAGGAGCUUCUACAGAGCAUGAAAGAGAUACUUUGCAGUUUAAUCCAUGGAAACAUUUAUGAAGAGUAAAGAAACUGCCUCAGACCAGAAGCUAAUCAGAUUGCUGGGACAAUCCAGAUGCAUGAAGCUUUAUCAUGCCCUGAUCAUUCCUGAUUGUGGGGUGAUGUGUGGUCAGUGUCGCUGAGUUCUGCAUCUUUUUAAAGCACAUUUAUUCCCACUAGUGAAAGGUGCCGUCUAGAUGCUGCAACCACUAGAUGCUGGACCACUCGGUCUGUGAAAGCCUGUGCAAAUUCUAGAGUGGUGUGUGGGAAUUAAAGGUCCCUAGGGGUAUGGACAUAUCAUCUCCUCAAACUCUGGCCUUCAGCUCAGAGCAGCAGCUUUACUGUGCAUGUUAGAGUCUCGGUUGGUUGAGGCUGCAGAACUCAGCUCAAUCACUUUAUUUGACAUCUUUGCCUUAUGGUUUAAUCUCUCCAUAUCGCCUGGGAGGCUUAUCUGACAAUCACAGCCACUCCUAUAAUGGGCUCACUUCUGAAAUGCUCUUUCUAAAUCCCAUCUUACUCUGUUUUUAUUUGAUUGACACCAAAAGGCAUCAAUCUGAUGGCAGCGGUUUCCUAGAUGAUAGUUGUGAAAGUGUCAUAGGAGUUCAGGGUCAUUAUCAGCACUUUUUCUAGAUUAAAGGUAGAAAAGUAAUGAAGGCACCUGCCGCCUCCUUAACGUAUCUAGAGAGGUUAGACUUGCAUUUAGAAGCAGCUGAAUAAGAAAGUAAAUUUGUAAAAAUACUCAAGAACGUUUAUUUUUUGACCUCUGCUUCUCCCUGUAUCAACUGGCCCCAUACUUGACUGGUCUCUUAAAACAGAGCAGUCAUUGAAGUGCUGCUGUAGGUACUAGUGCAGUGCACAGACAAUCAUUGGGAAGCAUAGUUGCUACUGUCCCUAAGCUCUUACUUCAUCUCUGCUGGUUCUUUACAGAUGGGUUUGUCAACUUUGUAGCAACUAUUCAGGGUAGGUGUUAUUAGCUUUAUCACGCAGAACAAAUGUGGAGGCAUAGAAAGUCCAAACUAACUUGCCAUACAGCUAACAUGUGAAUGGGGACCAGAAGCCAGAGUCUCCCUUGAGAUCCAUGUGACCUCAGAGACUGUGGCUCUGACUCGCUAGUGCUUGUCACUCCCAAGGGUGUGAAGCACCAUUGGUAAGACACCCACCCUUCCUAGUGCCUCCAGAUGGUAGACCUCCUUACACAUAUAAAAUGAAGUGAGGAUUCAUGCAAUUUAAGCUAUUCAUGAUGGGUGUCAGCAAAGGCAGUAGUUUGUGUAAGACCCGCUAUGCAUUGACCUUACUGUAGGAUGUGAGCUGCUUUGCAGCAUCACUGAGCAGAUGGAACCACAUAGGAGACAUCCACAGAUGGACCUAUUGCUGGAAAUGGUCAUUGAAAGAUUAUCAGCAGUGUGCCAUCUGAAUGGGGUUCAGGACUCACAUUUGUGUGUUUUCCCACAAUACCAACUAGCCAAGCCUGCUAGAAUACAGUGAUAUGGGCUUCUUGUAUUGAAGUAAAUAGGUAGAGAGAAGAAAAAAAUGUUUGCACAUUGUAAGAAAUGAAAAGAAAGAUCAGACAAAGGUGUACCUCCUUGGGAUCAGACAGCAGAGGUGUGCAUGUUGUGUAGUUAACCCUUAAUUGCACUUCCGCUCCCUGGUCACAACGGCAGUGUUGUGUUCAUUACCGUGAUAGUUCCUAAGUCACGAGAAAGGGACGAUUCGAGUUAACUAACGUCAUAGUCCCCGCAUCAUGGAUGAAGUCAGUGUGGGAUGAGCAGAACAGCGUUUGUUUGGCAUACGUCUUCAGCACACAGAAGAACUCAGUCUUCUGGUCCAUCUUUGAUAUAGCCGUCACCAAGCGCUGCCUGGAACAGGACCCUCUUCGAAGACACCUGAAUACUGAGCAAUUCAGAUUGCUUCUGAGGAGAAGGCAGUAGAGAUGUGCCGAGUGACCCAAGGUGCCAUGCCCUCAGAUAUGACUUAGGAUGAGUGUAUCUAUAGAGUAAUACUACAGCAACCUGAGUCAACCUACUCGGAAUUUAUCUAAAUAAGAUUACCCUUUUCCUGUAGUGAAAAUAAAGCAAAGCUUUGCACAGUGGGCGAGCAUCCAGCUCUGUCAUGUGGCAGUCUGAGUUCCAGACGGAAGACUCAACCUGGUAAGAGCAUCCUAAUGCAUUUGCCUAUCUAAAGAACCAGACUUUCCUGUACUUCCUUCAAAAGGACCAAAUAUUAAUAUAGAUUAAUUUAUAAUAAUAAAAAUGAAACUCUAACAUGAAAGUAAGUUUCAUAAUAACAGCAAAACAAUAUUGCAUAUGUCAGAAGGAACGAGACAGUACUUUAGAUGUGGCAGAGUUAAAGCUCCCUUAAGGAAACAGGUGAAGAACAGCUUGGAGUAACAGUGUUCCAGUUGCCUGUGUCACAUGAGCAGGUGCUGCUUUGCUAGUUGUUCGAGAUUGUAGAGCUGCCUGAUGUUUCCACUGUUGCCAAAAGCAUUGUAGGAGCUUGAUAGCCACAGCUGAGUGCUCUGUGGGUGACACAGCUGCUGCUCAGUCUGGACCAAGCUAUGUUGAACAGUCUGAUGCCCCGCACCUUGGCAUUUGCCAUCCUCAGGUGCCUAGUGUUAUCAUUCAGGCUGAGAGCAGGCCCUUUACCCAUCUUCCCACAGUUGUGUCUGCUAACAUGCUUACACCAACAUUGCCUAGCUGUGGGUAUUGCUCCUGUAGCUGGUUGUUGUUCUGUCCUGUUUCCCUUUCCUCCCCAGCCUUCCAGCAGAACAGCUGCUCACACUGCUGUUUAAAGUAUGAGAAAAUAGUGGCCCUGCUUAAGUCCUCAGGCAUGGCCUAAGAUACAUAGAGAGAGGAGGUUUCACAGAGUAGGGGAAGGUGCAUGCUUCAUUCUCAAAAGUAAGAUAGUGCAGGAAACAAAAUUGCCUAAUUUAAUCCUGAUUAUUCUUAGUUCAAUUGUGCUAUGCUGAACAGCAUUUAAAAACCCACAUGUUCAUUCUCCACGAAGCAGAUGUUCCUGAUUUUCUUCAUUCCCAGUUACACUGACUGUUAGGAUAAUGAAGUGCCGUGUGGGUACUGACCGGGAGGCUUUCCCAAGCCCUUUUACUUUUCAAUGUUGUGCGAUACUGCGCUUAAGGAAUGCUGUGCUACAAAUAGUGGUAAUUGUAAGAGGUUAACCGGAGUAUGUGAAGUUCUUGGUGCUGAGUUUAGAGUGUCUUUUGGUAUUAUUGGGGGAGAUAUAUUUAAUGCCUGCUUGUUAGCAAUACAUUUUUAUUUCAUACUUAAUUUAUUAAGGUUAGCCAUUUGCGUUUUGUUUUAUUGAGUGUUAUAAUUUAUUGACUGUACACCAAGUGUUAAUAAAUGUGAUGUGUGUUUAUUUCUGAGCUAAAGAUAAGCUAUGUCAUACUGAUAUAUCUUUCAUUGGAAAUGAAUGGUGAACAGGAAGUGAUUUUUGAGGUAAGGUUUGGACGCAAAACUGACUUUACUGUACAGAUUGCCAGUAUGACGUAAGCACUAAGUGACUGGAAGAUGGAGAUCACAGAGGUCAACAUGUUUCCAUCUCCUGUGAUGACCCAGUUAACCCAGUAUUUCCACUCACCGUCUGUUCUCUCUGGUGAGCACGCUGCUGUCGCUGGUGGCAGGUGAAUAAGGAGGUGAAUGAAGGAGCUCCUGCUGGCUGUGCUCCUCCAGCUCUCUCACCCCUCCCUCUGUCUUCUGUUAGCUAAGUGUAUAUACAUAUAUGUAUGUGUUUAUAUCAUGUAUCUGAUCAUUGAAAUAAAAAGCUAC